AACCAAUGAAACGUCAGCAUUCACAGGGCAGCCAUUUGUAAAGAAUCGUUAGCGAAGCGGUGCGCGUGAGGGUAACAUUGAUGCGUCUGUGAAUAAAGAGCGUCUUCCUCAAAAAGUACGAAUAAUUACAGUCAAAUAGGCGCUCACCACCAUGGCUGAGUACCUAGCGGCUAUUUUUGGCACAGAGAAAGACAAAGUAAAUUGUUCGUUCUACUUUAAAAUCGGAGCUUGUCGGCAUGGUGAUCGCUGCUCGCGUAUUCACAACAAACCAACCUUUUCACAAACAUGCUUGCUGCAAAAUCUAUAUGUGAAUCCACAGAAUUCUGCAAAAUCUGCUGAUGGAAGUCAUUUGGUUGCAAAUGUCUCUGAUGAAGAAAUGCAAGAGCAUUAUGACAACUUUUUUGAAGAUGUUUUUGUUGAAUGUGAAGACAAAUACGGUGAAAUUGAAGAAAUGAAUGUCUGCGACAACUUGGGCGAUCACUUAGUCGGUAAUGUGUAUAUCAAGUUUCGCCGUGAGGAAGACGCCGAGCGCGCUGUGACUGAUCUUAACAAUCGCUGGUUUGGUGGACGCCCAGUGUAUGCCGAACUGAGUCCCGUGACGGAUUUCAGGGAAGCGUGCUGCAGGCAAUAUGAAAUGGGCGAGUGCACACGGUCGGGUUUCUGUAACUUCAUGCACUUGAAGCCAAUUUCGCGAGAAUUACGGCGUUAUUUGUACUCUAGAAGAAAAGCCGGACGUGGUGGUGGUGGAGGAGGAGGUGGAGGCGGCGGCGGUGGUGGUGGCGGAGGAGGCGGUGGAAGACGCUCAAGGUCCAGGUCUCCGAAGAGGGCGCGCUCACGAUCACGAGAACCCAAACGGUCCAGAUCACCAAGACAUCGCGCUGGACGUAGUGGUAGAUAUUAACAAACGCAUACAACUAAAGGCAAACAUUUUCCAUACAGCAGCGUACGUCUAAGAAGUGAAUGAACAUUUGUAAUGUUACUUAUUUUAGGUUAAUUUUGUAAUGUGUAUCUAUAUGUUAUAGUUUUCGACUUCAAUACUUGGAUUUUAACUUGAAUUAUUGAUACAUUGUGCUUAUUUACCACUUUUCAGUCAUAAAUGAUAAUUUCUUGUGCGGAAAUAGAUUAUGGAUAAGAA